AUGACCAACCUAGCUCAGCUCGAGGCCUAUACCAGGGAGCUUUCAACCGCGAUCAAGAGACUCGCAACGCACUGCCAGAAUGCCAAAGUUGCCGUGGAUAGCAUGAGGGGGGGACCACCACAGCUGAUCCCUCCGGGAGCACCAGAAGAGGCACAUCGCGCACGGGAAUCCGCACUAGCGAGUAUCACCAAACUCCAGAUCAUGUUGGCUGGACCGACUGAUUUUCUGCAGCAAAUGGCCAGUCAGACCCAGCUGCUCGCCUGCGUGCAAUGGCUGGGGGAAUUUCAAGUCCCAGCCUGUGUCCCUCUGGACGGCAGCGCCUUGAUGAAAGAUGUAUCGGAUCUCAUAGGCGUCCCGGAGACCCAACUCUGUCGCAUCAUACGAAUGGCGACCACUGCUGGGUUUCUGCAGGAGCCUCAGCCGGGUUAUAUAGCCCACAGCGCGUUGUCGGCGUCGUUUGUUACGAAACCGUCCUACCUAGAUGCCGCGAUGUUCCUUGCGGGAACGGCGGUUCCGGCUGCUUUGGAAAUGGCAGCAGCUACCAAGCAGCGUUCUGGAUCUUCCGAGCGGGCGAAUGUCGUUUCCAAUAACUCUGCCUUCUCAAGUUCAGGCGAGACUCAACUGCCCCGGCUCCAGCUCCAAUUAAACCCAGCAUGCGCAUUAUCCUCCAGCAGAAACGGAACCGCAGCUUCAAAAUUCGAUAAGACGCAACACCCACGCUCGAACCCACGCAUUAAUGUACAAUACCGAGUCCCAGGAACCCCGCAACCCAUCCUAGACGCAGCGGUCUACAUAAUAAAUUUCCCCUUGCCGGCGCCGGGGGUGUCGUCGUCCACCUCACUUGCGACACAAAUCAAUGCCGAACUGAGAGCGCAUUUGAAUGCGCUUCGGAUGAGUCGUUCCGCCACGAUGGUGCUUACCGUCCCUUCGUUGUCGGAGCGUGGGACAGUGAGCACUGAAGCGGCGGUCCAGACGCGGAUAAGAGAUUUAUCGCUAAUGCAGUUGGCGAAUGAGCGGGAACUUGAGAUGUCCGAGUUAAUGAAUUUAUUGAACGGGGUGAGUGAUAGUGAGGGGAGGCUAGUACUGGUUAACAAGGUGAGGUCGGCGGGAAACAAUGGCGCGGUUGCUUUGGAGGUAAAGUAUCAGGCGUACACGGAUCGGUAG